AUCGCAGUUCGCGGGCUUAUCAGUUCGGGCGCCCGACAGUUCCUGAUUCACAUCCCGCUUUGCUUCUUUACAUUUCAUUCUUCUCAUUCAUACUUUGUACAUACUUGACACGACGCUCUCUCACUUUCGGUACUGUCAUGGAUCAAUCUCGCUCCCUCUCUCUCCACGAGCGUUUCAGCCUCGCCAGACGAAACGCUGGCCAUCCGCCCAUCAUCACCAUUGCCGCUGCCUACCCUACGCCUUCCUCUGCCCCUACCCAAGAUUUUCUCGAGAAGCGUAUCGCAGAGAUACAGACGCACUUCCCCCAGCUCUAUGCCCGAGUCAAAGAUGCUCGUACGACUUCACCGAGGCAGGUUCUCAGGGACCGACCUUGGGACAGCAGCGAGGUCCUGAGGGCGGAGGUCUACUCGGCGCAUGAGGACAAGGACAAAGAGCUAGCCGCGCUACUACUCUUUGAGGGAAAGAGGAUGGUUGGUGAAAAUGUCGAGAUAGCUCCGCUCUGGCAAAUCACCGUCUACACCUGCCCCACAAGAUCGAGAGCUUACGUAUCUCUCUCUGUCGACCAUCUCCUUGUAGAUGGUCGGGGUCUAUCUAUCCUUUUCGCGGCCAUUUUGGCCAAGGAUAUCAGUGGCCUUCCCUACGAAAAGCUGGAAGCGAUGCCGCGGCUAGAGGAUACGAUCGACAUGAAACCGUCUUUGACAUUUGCUUUGCCUCUCAUAUGGCAGCAUCUCGUUCUCCCCCGCCUUCCCCUCUUUCUUCAGGAAUACCUUACCCCCGCCAAGGAAUGGCCCGCCGACUUGAUCGCUGCCUCUCCAUUGACAUCUCCGGCGGGUUGCUCUGUAUUUUCCCUGUCCCCGGAUGAGGUGUCGCAGCUGAAAGCUAUUGCCAAAGCGCACGGCGUACCAACUCUGAACCCAGUCAUCAACGCCAUCUACGCCCUGGCCGUCUGGUCAAGAUAUCGCUACACCCUCAAGCCAUUCCGACUCAUUCUAAAAUCUGCUCGAUCAGAGCGAGACAGUUCCUUUGGGCAUUCUCAUGCUCUGGGCAAUUAUGUCAGCUCCCACAAGAUUGAGGUAGACAUCAAGCUCGGAGGAGAUUUUUGGGCGGUGGUACGGACUAUCUCGGAUCAGCUGAGCAGUCAGCAGGCCAUUUCGAGAGCGCGUAUGAGGAUAGGUAUGCUGUCCCAGAUCCCAGAUGGUCCCUACACUUCUCCCACUGGCGAUCCCGACCCUCUGAGACCUACCUUGUUCGAGGAUUUUUGGCUAAAGGGCGCAGAAUCGGCCAUGCCACUGGACACUGCGCUGGGCGCCUCCAAUAUUGGCUUGGUGCGUCUUCCCGAAGGUGCGGAGGACAUGGCCUGGGCGCAAAUUGCAGACGGGCUGGGGCAAGAAGUGUUUGCGCUUGCUGUCAUUGGCCAUGAGGGCGGGGUCAAGAUUGGGACUCUCUUCUGCGAGGGAGCGGCAGUAAGGAGCGACGAGGUGGAAGCGGUGGAGAAGCUGUUCAAGGAGAUCUUGCACAAGCUGAUUGCAGGUAAGGAAAGUGUUGAUGACCUGGCAUAAUUUGCGCUCUAUUUGAGAAAGGUUUGGAAUGCAUAACCAAAGACAGUCCAUAGAUGACCUUUAUCGCGGAGCCCAACAUGACUUGUGAUGGGGGGUGUCUUGUUGUGGCCUCCAUCGAAUUUGAGCUGGGCUUUCGCAUCGUCAUGGUACAGGUAAAGACGAAAGAGCAAAGCUUCAAUAGGAGACUUAAGAGUAGGAGGAGACCGGCAAUGGCGUGAUUAUGAGGUCAGAGUCGAACUUGAGCUGUACUCGUAUAUACUACGGACAUCUUCAUUCGGGCACCCGACCGUUCC